AUGAUCGUGACAAUAGCCAACCUCAGAGUCCCCUCAAACUCGUCCCUCGGUCGUCUCAGCAUCGGAUUACAGAGCACCACAUCACAAAGGCCACUAGCCUCGUCUCUUGCAAAACUCACAUUGAGAGCACGACUGUUCAGCAGAACAUGCUCCGCCACAGCACCGGCUUCGGCACCACAAGCCUACGUCUCACUCUCCACCAAUCCCUGGUUCAACCUUGCAUUCGAAGACCACCUAUUCCGCACGAUCGACCCUUCCACCCCGAUAUGUUUCCUCUACCGCAACUCACCAUGCGUUGUAGUUGGUCGCAACCAGAAUCCAUGGAAAGAGCUCAACGCUUCCGCGAUGCGCUCGAUCGGCCUACCCAUGGUACGUCGCCGUUCGGGUGGUGGAACAGUAUACCACGAUCUCGGCAACACCAACUACUCAUUCCAUAUUGCUCGUGAAGCAUUUGAUCGACGAACCCAUGCCGAGCUGGUUGCUCGUGCUCUCAACUCUCCGCCAACUGGGCUGCAGCUGAGUCGUAGUGAUUUGGCACGAACGGAUGUGGGAGCUUAUGUCAAUGGGAGGAAUGAUAUUUGCAUUCGUGUUAAGCAAGGGUAUGAUAGCAAAUCGACCAACAAGACGUUUGAGGAGGCAGAUGAGAAGGGCUAUGAAGAGAGGAAAGUCUCGGGCAGUGCGUACAAGUUGGUCAAUAAGAGAGCCUAUCAUCAUGGAACGAUGCUCCUCUCGGCAAGUCUGGGGAGUUUAGGUAGCUCACUGAGAAACGAUAGAGGAGAGUUGCUGGUGACAAAAGGAGUAGCAUCCGUGCCUGCACCUGUGGCAAACUUGAGCGAUGCUUUCCCCGAUCGAAAAGCGAUGCUCAGCCACGAUAUGUUUGUCCAAGCUGUUGUCGACGAGUUCCACCGCACCUGCCCUUCCUCCUGCGAAAGCAAGGAAAAGGUAGUGCAAGUAGACGAAUCAUCACUCGACCGUCUCGAUCUGAACCAAGGCCGAUGGAAGCUAGCCGAAAACAUGUCAGAACUUCAAAGCUGGCAAUGGCUAUUCGGUCAAACGCCUGAAUUCACCCAUCGAGUCUCGCUCGACGCUAGCGACACACAAGCUCGGGCAGCGUUUUCGAUCGAGAUGCACUGCAAAGAGGGGAUUGUACUCGAGGCAAAGCUGGUAGAAGCAAGCUUCGAGGAUGCUACAAUCGAAAGAGAAGUUCGUGGGAUGGUGCAAGGACUGCAGGGGAGGAGAUAUGAUGAGCUAGCCUUGCCACCGCCUUGGGGACCCAGCUCUGAGCUUAGCCUCCAACACCAAGGUGCCUCGCCGAAAGGAGGCUCGAGCGUACAAGACAAGCUGUUGGCAUCCUUGCGCACUGUUCUGUAG